CGACAGGCUGACAGCAAGCCCAGGCUUAUCCCACUCCGCUUCUCUCUUCCGAUCGAGUCGAGACUGGGACCAGAUCUCACUCCUGUCGAUUCACUGUAAUACUUCAAUCUACACAGAGAGAGAGAGAGAGAGAGAGAGAGCUUCGGCAAUGGGGGGUCGCCUGUGGGGGUUAUCAUCUUUGUUCGGUUCCAAGUCGGGGCAGCUGCUUAUGGUGGGUCUGUUGGUAAUGAUAGCGUCCUUCUACACCGGCACUCUCUUCGGCAACACCAAUUCAUCCGUCAAUGUCUCUCAACUUCCUUCCGGUUCUUCCUCUUCUUCUUCGUCCCCUGGGAUCCUGGGUUUUACGAAUGAAGUUGCUCGCUCUUAUAGGAGAACACCUCUUAUAAUCCCAGAUGGUGGGAUGAACAUUUGCCCUUUGAUGUUCAAUGAAUAUAUCCCUUGCCAUGAUCCAUCCUAUGUGCAUGAACUGCUUCCAAAGUUAGAUCUUUCUCGGAGGGAAGAACUAGAAAGGCAUUGCCCUCCCCUUGAAAGGCGGUUGUUUUGUUUGGUGCCCCCACCAAAUGAUUAUAAGAUCCCAAUAAGAUGGCCAACUAGUAGGGAUUACGUUUGGCGAAGCAAUGUGAAUCACACGCAUCUUGCUGAGGUGAAAGGGGGACAGAAUUGGGUGCAUGAGAAGGAUCAGUUAUGGUGGUUUCCUGGGGGUGGUACCCAUUUUAAGCAUGGGGCUUCUGAGUACAUUCAGAGGUUAGGAAAUAUGGCAACUAAUGAGACUGGUGAUUUGAGUUCUGCUGGGGUAUUUCAAGUGCUGGAUGUUGGUUGUGGGGUUGCUAGUUUCUCAGCUUAUCUUCUUCCCUUAGAUAUACAAACAAUGUCUUUUGCUCCCAAAGAUGGCCAUGAAAAUCAAAUCCAAUUUGCUUUGGAGCGAGGAAUUGGGGCAAUGAUUUCUGCUUUAGCUACAAGACAGCUACCUUAUCCCAGUAGCUCUUUUGAAAUGGUUCACUGUUCAAGAUGUCGUGUUGAUUGGCAUGAGAAUGAUGGUAUUUUGCUCAAAGAAGUGAAUCGCCUCCUGCGAUCUAAUGGAUAUUUUGUCUACUCUGCUCCACCCGCAUACAGAAAGGAUAAAGAUUAUCCAAUGAUAUGGAAUAAGUUGAUAAACUUGACUUCUAGCAUGUGUUGGAAGCUCAUCGCUAAGGAAGUUCAGACUGCAAUAUGGAUUAAGCAAGAAAACCAGUCAUGUCUUCUCCAAAGUGCAGAACAGAAGCUCGUAAAUAUAUGUGAUUCUGUGGAUGAUUUUAAACCAUCGUGGAACACACCACUUAGGAACUGUGUAUCUCUAAGUACAGUACAAGCUAAUUUUCACCGGCUCCCUCCAAGGCCACAACGUCUAUCUGAAUAUUCAGAUAGUCUCAGUAAUAUAGGAAUUGCUCGUGAACAAUUCCUUUCAGAUACACUCUUUUGGCAAGAUCAAGUUCGCCAUUAUUGGAGGCUGAUUAAUGUCGAUGAGAGAGAAGUACGAAAUGUCAUGGAUAUGAAUGCCUUUUGUGGUGGAUUUGCAGUUGCUCUGAGUACAUGGCCUGUUUGGGUUAUGAAUAUAGUUCCUCCAAGCAUGAACAAUACUUUGUCUGCCAUUUAUAACCGAGGUCUGAUUGGUGCUUUUCAUGACUGGUGUGAACCAUUCUCGACUUAUCCACGCUCAUAUGACUUGUUACAUGCUAACCAUCUAUUUUCUCACUAUAAAAACCGUGAAGAAGGUUGCUUACUUGAAGAUAUUAUGUUGGAGAUGGACAGGGUAAUACGGCCCCAGGGAAUUAUCAUAAUUAGAGAUGAAGAAUCUAUUCUAUCAAGAAUAAGAACUGUUGCUCCAAAAUUUCUGUGGGAUAUCGAAUCUCAUGUACUGGAAAGUAAACAAAAGAAGUCAGAGCCAGUGUUAAUUUGCAAAAAGAAGUUUUGGGCGAUAGUUUAAGGGAUGCCACUGUACAAGCUUUAACCCUGCACCUUUCCUCUUCAGCGUACCAGUAGGUGCUUGUAUCAUUGUGGUGCUGAUUCUCUCACUUUCUCCUGAUCUUCAUAAGUCAAUUUAGUCAUAUUAAUUUUCUGUAUGAAGGUUGUAAGCGUUUUUUUUUUUUUCGGUCAAUUCAUUUUUAGGUGUUUAGAUAGAGUUAUCUUCUUCUUUUUUUUUUAAUUUUUGUAGAAAAUGAAGGAAUUUAAACUUUCGCUGCUACCAAUAUGAAAUUUAACAUCUUAAGAGAGUCAAUUUCACUUUUUUUUGGAAGAGGCGAAGAGCAUGAAGUUUCACUUGAGUACGUAUGCAUAGAGCAUGAAGAACCUCUCUCUAGCUUCCUCCCGCUGUUAACUUGUUUUUGUAAUAGCCCAUAGACAGUUUUGCUUCAUAAACAGUGUGAAUGACUUCUUAGUUUGUUCUUUAUUGAAGAACAUAUAGUUAAAAGAAAAUCCCUAAAUUUCUCUGCUUGUAAUGUCUUUCUACUGAUAAAUAC